GGUCAAUCGACCGGAGCGAAUCGUCCCAACGACGGCGGGCGGCGUGGAGAAUCGGUCCGGAACCACCGGAACCCCGCCGGAGCCAAGCUGGAUAACUCAAUCGUGAACCGGUUCCUGAGCGCGGCCGAUGACGAGUUCGUCUGGGCGGUAGACCAGGACAUACGGGCGUUCCUCGAGAAGGCGAACCAAAAAAGCGUCCUCAUCUUUCCGCCGGUCAACAACUACCGCCGCUUUCUGAUCCACAAGGUUUCGGAGAGCCUCGUCGGCGAGCUUGGCCACCGGCAUGAGCUGGUGACGUUCUCGAUCGGAACCGGGAGCGAGCGGCGUACCGUGGUCUGCCACCGUCACCAGCUGCUGCGAGACGUCAAGGCGACGUCCAGUAAGAGUUUCGAGGAUUCGACCGACGGUGCUUCUUCCCAGCCUCAACCCCAACCCCAACUCAGCUGGCGCAGCUCGAUCGCUGGUCCAUCGAGCGGAGGGACGUCCGCGACAACAGUCACAACGACCUCUGCCAGUGCUGCCAGCCACACCAACUGUAGUGCUGCUGUAGCCUCAAACAACAACAACAACGGUGCUAGUGGUGGUGCUAGUGCUUCUUCUAGUGGCUCAAAGAGCAAGAAACGCACGAAACGUGAUCCCACAGGGUUAGUGGCCAGUGGUGGCACCAGUGUUGCCAGUGAUAACAGCAAAAUGGGUGUUGAAACUCAACACCAGCACGAGCACUUCUUUUCGGCGAGCAGUGACUGCGGUUCGUUUAGAGCCUCAUCCGCCUCGGCCCUGCUCGCCUCAUCUCCGCCAACUUCCGGCUGCAAGCUCCCCUCGCCCGGCAUCUACCGACCGCCGGCCGCCCGAAAGGCUCUCAAAUUUGUUUCCGCCGACAGCUGCCAGCUAUCUCCUGCGGCAGCCGGUGAGGGUCAUCCGUUUCUACCCCCGUCACCAGCACCUCCUGCCGCCCAGAAUGUGACCACCCCUCCGGCCGAGGGAAGCAGUGCAUUUAAGGUCCAACCCGACAGCAACAACAACAACACCAACGAGGACGGCGAUCUUGGCGCUGAAGCUCAACAUCAGGCCAAACCCGCCCGUGCCCACCGCGAACGACGACCGGACCGUGCCGUGUACAUUCCGCGAGCUCGUCGCAGCCAAACGACACCUCCGGUGACCAGCGCGCCCACGACCACCACUUCGUCUACGACAGUUCCUCCAGUUGCUGCGGUUGUGCCCACCUCUGAUCCUCCGGAACCGUCGGUACCCGUUCCACUGGUUAGCAGUUGUCCCCUCAGGGCCAGCAAAAAGGAACGCUCUUCGCGACGAUCCAAGCCAAAGGACAAGUCAACGACGGUUUCAACGGCGACUGCCUCUGUGAUAACUCCGUCGGAAGAUUCCGCAACGAAACCAGCCAAAAGCGAAGCCCUUGCCAGCUUCAAAAACCGCAGUCACAGCGUUGAAGAGCCGUGCCCAGCGAUCACCGCCACGAACAAGGAGAUCGUCAAGCUUAAAAAGCAGAAAUCCGAAGAAGUCCCACGCGAGAACAACGACCUCAACGCGGAACUCGUGACGAAGGAACGCCGUAGUAACGGCAGCAUUUUAACCGAACUCAACGGAAGCUCGAAAGACACCAUGAACAAGCCAAGCCGGCAGCGGGCCAGCUCCAAGCAGCAAAUCAUCACGAAUGGCGGUCCGGCGACGGAAAAGAUCGACAAGGACGAAAGGGAACUGCGCAAGGCGUCGCAGGAGAUCAACCGAAGUAACAGGCGCAUCAUCAAGCAGACGUUCGCGUCCAAUGUGCUGGAAAUUGCCGAACAGCAGCAGGAUGUCAGCAGCGGUGGUGGGAAGGAGAAUGGACAUGUGGCGCCGGCGACGGAUUCCCGAGAGGUGAAUCCCGAGGAGGAUGACUGGGAGACGAUGUACGACGACAACGGGGACUGUUUGAACCCGAAGCUGAUGGAGGAGCUGACGUCGGCGGUUGGGAAGGUUUCGAUCGAGGUGCCACAGUCGGAUUAUAAGGUCUACCAAUCGAAACAGGCCGUCCUCAACGAGGAGGAGUUCCCGCACGUGCUGGAAGUGUCCAACUUCCCAGUGGAAUUCAAAACCCAAGAUCUCAUGAUGCUCUUUUCGCAGUACAAAGAGUCGGGCUUCGACAUCAAGUGGGUGGACGACACGCAUGCCCUGGCCGUGUUUAGCAGUUCCAAAAUUGCGGCCGAAGUGCUCGCCAACGGACACACCUUCGUCAAGCUGAAACCGCUGGCCGAGGCGACCGUCGAGUCGCGCACCAAGGCCCGCAAGUGUUCCUCCUCGCUGCAGCCGUACCGACCGCGGCCGGAAACGUGUGCGGCCCUGGCGCGACGGCUCGUCACGACGGCGCUGGGCGUCCGGCUAAAGACGGCCCCCGAGGAGCGCGAAAACGAACGGCGCGUCCUGCGGGAAGCCAAGGAACGAAAACUUCUUGCGGCCAAACAGCGGGAGGAAAUCUGGGAGAGCUAAAGAACUGCUGCACCUUCUGGGCCAACAUUCUCUGUGUUCGCGCUGCCAUAAUCUUUUCUUCUUACCAUUUAUUGUACAUUUUAAAAGCGAAAUCGAAUCCGCCUGUCGUUGUGAUUGUUGGGCGCGCGAGUUGCUGUUUUGUAUGAAUGUAGCUCGUUUUUUCUGUUAGUUUCUAGAAGCAAAGAUCGCGAAACGAACGAAAGAAUUCAGGAAGAUUUGGAUUGAGAGCAGAAACAACGAGUAAGCUAUAUAUUUAAGGAACCGAUGAGAAUGAGCCUAGCUGUAAUAAAAAAAAAAAGAGCGAGAGAGAGAGAAAGGUAUGGAAAGAAUGCUUAUUUACAGAAUUUUAUCGUAAGAGCGAUUCGAUUGGCGUGAAGCAUAGAAUUUUAUUUGUAACGAUAUUUAAGAACAAUAAACCAGAACAUUUAGUGGAAAAUAAUGGGUUCCACACAGUUGAAA